AUUGAACGGGACUUCGGUGGAUUGAAUGCGAAAAGAAGAUUGCAACACAGCAGUUCAAAGGGGAGGAUCUGUGAACCAAGGCGGUAGGAGUGAAAACACAACAUCGGCAGGGGAACGUUGAUUAUAACUCAGUUCAGCGGAAGUGGAGCUCGAGCGAAGUUCGUAUGCGCAACAGGUGUCAGUCUGCUGGAUGGUUGUUGAGCGACUCGUCAUUUAAAGGCUUUUAGUAAACUCUAAGCAUAAAAGUUUCCGUCGGUUAUCACAGGAACAACAUGGCAGACCUCCGACCGAGACUAUGUGUGCUGAGGAGAGAUUCAAGCGGCUACGGAUUCCACCUGCAUGGAGAGAGGGGCAAGACCGGGCAGUUUAUCAGGCUCGUGGAGCCAGACACUCCCGCCUCCGCAUCCGGGCUUCUCGCAGGCGACCGCCUGGUAUUCGUGAAUGGAGAGAACGUGGAGGGCGAGAGCCAUCAGCGAGUUGUGGCCAGAAUUCGGGAUACCACCGGGGCUCUAGAGCUUAUUGUGGUGGACGCAGAUACGGAUGAGCUGCUGAAGACACACAACCUGCAGUGCCGGAAAGAAUUCGUCACGGAGGGGAUUCCCCUACCCGGCGAGGACAGAGAUUCCGACAGCGGGGACGGACAGAGGAACGGCACCCCGAGGGAAUCCACCCCUGACCCGCGUGAGAAUGGAGAUGCCUCCUCUGAGAGGUCAGACAGUCUCAGUGUUAGCUCCAGCAACAAGGAGGAGAGAAGCGGGCCGCGGCCUCGUCUCUGCCACAUGAAUAAGGGAGCCGGCGGCUACGGCUUCAACCUGCACAGCGACAAGUCCAGACCGGGCCAGUUCAUCAGAGCUGUGGAUGAAGACUCUCCGGCACAGAGGGCAGGCCUCAGACCACAGGACAAGAUCAUCCAGGUGAAUGGUGUGUCAGUGAUUGGCAUGCAGCACUCAGAGGUGGUGGCAGCCAUCAAACGAGGAGGAGAAGAGGCCACGCUGCUGGUGGUCGAUGCCGAGGCUGAAGAAUACUUUCAGAGGUGCAACGUCGUGCCCACCGAGGAACACGUCACCGGACCUCUUCCUGAGCCAGUGUCAGAGAGAGCAUCAGAGGAGGAGGAGGAGGAGGAGGCAGCAGCAGCCUUCAGCGCCUCCCUUCCAGCACCAACCAGCUCCACCCCUCCACAGAGGGCCUCAGAGCCGGCCAGAGCAGCUGACAGCCUGGGUCUGGGUGUGUCACUGGCCCAGGCCAAAGAAAGAGCCCAUCAGAAACGAGCUGCCAAGAAAGCCCCGCCCAUGGAUUGGAGCAAGAGGAACGAACUGUUCAGCAAUUUGUAAACAUGAUCAUCAUCAUCAUCAUCAUCGCCGUCAUCAGGUCCACCUCCUCCACCCAGACUGUCCGUACCGCCCUGUGUGUGCGACCAGUCUCCACAGUUUAAUUUUUACGUUGUCACACUGCACGAAAAGCGUUCAUUGCGAACAUUUUAAACCCCCAUCUUAAACAGUAUUAUAUGAUGAUUUUAUUUGUUUUAAUUUAGGAUUUUGCCACUUUUCUUGUCGAAAUAAUGGUUGAAAUGUCAAUGUCACACAUAAGAAUGAAUGUUGAUAUAUUAAGAAGAAUGUUAAAAAGAGAACUAUAGUAAUGUACAGUUUCUCACAUGAAUAAAAGGACCUUAGAAGGAAUAAUGGGACAUUGGGAAAAAUAACCUGUUGGCACAUUUUGCAUCAAAGAUUAAAUCUACAGUUUAAAUUGAAUGUCAGAUUUUAAUGCCUGCAAUCAGCAACUAGAAUGAAAGAGUAUAUAUUUGUUUUGUCUCAUCAGUGUCUGUGAAUGAGCAAUGCUGAAUGACUUGUGAGCCCUUACUGUCAACAUAACCAUUCCAUGACAAUCUGUUUUCCCGGCGAGGCACUGUUCGACUUCAAGUCGACCCCAGUCAACACUGUGUAGCUGUUAGAAGCUUAGUGGACACUAUUCUUCAGGUCCAGCUGUCUUUCCCUCCAGGGCCACUGUCGCAAUAUCUGAUUCAAGGAAAUUAUGUUAUGUUAUGUUUCUUAAUGUUGCUCUUGAUAGAUUUGUACAUACACAAGUAAAUGAUUUAAGAUGAAAUCUUAUUUUAACUGAGGUGAGAGAAAUGAAGCUGUUUGGUGAGUUGAUUCCGUUUGCAGGGAUUUAAAGCAGUACCGUUUGGUCUGAGUAUCAACUACAGUUAAGACUUUUCUCAUGUGAAAAUAUGAAGUAAUGCAGGGGUACUGACGUUGGCUCUGUGCUUUAGAAUGAGCUUGACAAAUAUAACAUUUGGAUCAAAUGACAUUGAGUCUGUUUUGUAAUGUAGUGAAUUCUUGACAUUUUAUCAACAGCAGUUUGACAAAAAAAAAAGAAUGCUAAAUUUGCCUUGAGUUAAGAUUUGUAAAGUUCGGUAAAAAUUUGUGGAUGUUUUGUUGCAUAAAUUUGGUCACUGGACUCCUGGGAGUCUGUACAGACAUUAGCUGUGGCUAACUAGCAAUAUACACACCACCUGUGUCUCCCUAGGGUGCUGUUUCCUUUGUAACGUUCAUAACAUAGAAUCAAAAAGCCCACAGAUGGGCAUUAAUUUUAAUCUCACACUGAAACAUUUUGAACUCGUGUAAAAAAAUAAAAAAUGAAUGAAAAGGCAGAGAGGCACGCAAUCACAUGUUUCCAUUUGACGGCCCUGUGCAGUCAUUAAAAGUCCAUCCCACUUUCCUCAGUACAAAGUCUCUUUUAAUGAUUUCCACGAUGAUACAGAAUUCAGUUGAAAUAUUAAUGUAAGGUAACAGGCAUCCAUCAGAAUAGAUCAGAGGAACAGAUAGUGCUGGAACUUCACGUUUUAGUGUCAAAAUGCUGUAAAAACAUGCCAACUCCCUGAUUGUGUUAGUGCGCACCAAAAUCUUCUCCCUUCAACAGUUUAGUAAGAACAUUAUGAGAGCCGUUUAUAUAU